UAAAUGAAUCAUACACUUACUACAUCCGGGUAACCGCUGAGGUCCUGACAGCGCGGAUAAACGCAUUAGCUAAACAAUCUGAGCAUCAUGUCUGGAAGAGACGGAGGUAAAAAGAAACCCCUCAAGGCUCCCAAAAAGCAGUCGAAGGAGAUGGACGAUGAGGACAUGGCUUUCAAACAGAAGCAGAAAGAGGAUCAGAAAGCGAUGGAACAGCUGAAAGCCAAGGCUUCUGGAAAAGGACCUUUAACUGGAGGAGGAAUCAAGAAGUCUGGGAAGAAAUGAAUGUGUUUUAGUGUAUAUUUGCUUGCCGUUUAAAACACCGACUCAUGAUUUGGGCCCACAGUGGCGACUAAAAAUGUUUUUUUUUAGUUUCCGUUUCUCUUGUAAAGGAAUAAAGUUUGUAAUGACUGUACAUUUCAAUUUCAGAUGUUUAAUGUCUUUGUGAAACAUUCGUAUGACAUUCAAAGCUCGUGAAAAAGAACUGUACAAUAUCCGAACGUUUCAAGUAAACAAUCACAGAAGUGUCUGUACACGCUUAUCCAUCAAAUGUUCCAUCUCACAAUAUCAUCUUUGUUCAACCUAAACAAAACAUAUGUGUUUUUAAUCAGUUUGCUGCUGUCCGUGUCUCUUGCAUUUGUUUAAGCUGCUUUUUUUAGUUCAGCUUCACUUGUACUGGAUAGUGGUCACUCACUCUCGGCGCCUGUGGAGAAGAUACCUGUGCUUUAGUAAAAUGCUGAUCAAGUCCUCUCCAAAACAAAUACAUUCUGUAAGCUAAAUGUACAGUAGUAAGUAACUCAAGUCUUUAUGGUAAGUGUGAUUAAAAAGCAAGGGUUUCAAUUCAAAUAAAAAAUGAUUCUUGUU